AUGUUCGUUGCCGGGGAUGCUGCACAUAUCCACCCUCCAACCGGUGGCCAGGGCCUGAACUCCGGCCUACAGGAUGCCGUGAAUAUCGGCUGGAAACUGGCACUGGUUAGCAGCGGUCACGCAUCUCCGUCUCUUUUGUCUAGCUACGACGACGAACGCCAUCCCGUAAUCAGGACGAUGCUCCAACUCACCGGCGGUCUGUACAAGACGACUCGUGAAGAGAAGGACGCGAAGAAAGGUUUCAACAGGAGCACGAAUUUCUACAUGCUCGAUAUCAACUAUCGUUGGAGCGGGAUCGUUAUGGACGACCGUGUGGAUCCGAAUUCUCCAGAGAAGAAAGACACUUCACGAGCGUACACAGGCAAUGACGACGGCGUGCACGCGGGGGACAGGGCACCGGAGGCACCCGAGUUGGAGGUAAUUCGAGCCUCGGCGGCGGCGUCUCUUGAAGGCCAAGAACCGACGUCGAUCUUCAAGCUCUUCAAGCUGACGAAGCACACCGCGCUCAUCUUCGUCAAGCAGAACGCGAUUCCUCCAUCAUCGCUGCCCGAUGUCGUACUGCUGGAUAAGGCAGGGCACGCGUUCCGCGAGUAUGGGGUCGGGGAUGAUUCUAGUCAGGCGCUGGUGCUUGUCCGACCGGAUGGAUAUGUCGGGGCGUAUGUUUAUGGAACGGAAGGCCUGAAAACGUACACGGAAGCGCUGUUCGGAGGCGCUCCUGUUGUCGCCAAGUCGAGCUGA